AGGGCGGACCUGUUUCCGGGUGGCGCGUGGGGCUGGAGGCCCGAGCGCCGCCGCCAACAUGGAGACUUUGUACCGAGUGCCGUUCUUAGUGCUCGAAUGUCCCAACCUGAAGCUGAAGAAGCCGCCCUGGGUGCACAUGCCCUCGGCCAUGACGGUGUACGCUCUGGUGGUGGUGUCUUACUUCCUCAUCACCGGAGGAAUCAUUUAUGACGUUAUUGUUGAACCUCCAAGUGUUGGCUCGAUGACUGAUGAGCAUGGACAUCAGAGGCCAGUGGCUUUCUUGGCCUACAGAGUAAAUGGACAGUAUAUUAUGGAAGGACUAGCAUCUAGUUUCCUGUUUACCAUGGGAGGCUUAGGUUUCAUAAUCCUGGACCGAUCCAAUGCACCAAAUAUUCCAAAACUCAAUAGAUUUCUUCUUCUCUUCAUUGGAUUUGUCUGUGUCUUAUUGAGUUUCUUCAUGGCUAGAGUAUUCAUGAGAAUGAAAUUACCAGGCUACCUGAUGGGUUAGUGCCUUUUGAGAGGAAACCAGUGGUCCUGGGUUUGCUCCUGCUGAAGGUGUGAAGGCUGAUCCCACCCUAUGUGAACAUGGAAGCAUGAAGACUGCAGUAGAGGAAGCACUGGGUGAACACCUAGGAAGCACGUUAAUUCCGACUGGAACUUCUUGAUACCAGAGACAAGUUCAUUACAGUAUUUUUUUUCCUGCUGACCUAUUCUGAUGUGUUAGUGAUACUAAGUGGCAUUUUCUUCUUAACUUUUCAUUUCUUAAAGAAAACAUACUCCAGUUCUGAAUAAAGUGAUUAUUUUUAUAGCCCCUUUAUCAUUUUUGAAGAUGACAUUUCUGACUUUCAGAAAUUACUGUAAAUCAAGCAACAAGAUCCUGACAGCUGAGAACUGUCUUUUCCCGUGGUGCUUUGCCUUUAAGCUGAGUGUGGGGUACUACACUCUUUCAGAUACACAUGCAAGACUGUUCCCUGGUCAGCAUGAGGUAUGAAAGGAGCGGAAAUAAAUAAUUUUUCUAAUGA